GAGGCUACUAAUGAAGCGUUAGCUAGAAAUAACGGGCAAGCGGCUAUAAAUCUGAACGCGUUCCUGAUUUUACUAAAGAACAGUUUGGGAGUUGUUGCGGUAGAAUUCAUUCCUAUUGUAUUUUUUUUAUACUACACGUUUCUUUAUCCGGUCAGUUACGUAGUAUAUCAAAUAGAAAAAUUAAGACCAUAUUUUAAUGAUGGAUGAUCAGUCUAAUACAAACCAAAUUGUAUCACAAAAAGGAUCUGAUCUGUCUACUGCUGGUGGAGAAAUACAGAUCAGUAAUGGAAACAAUGAUAAAGCUGAGGUGGAAACUAAUAAGCUAAUGGAAGUUGAUGUUGAGAACAGAGGACAGAAAAGACAGCUUGAGGUAACGAUUGCUCCUCCGGCAAAACGCAAGAAAAAAAACCGUGGGCCUAGUCAACCUAAAAAUGCCUUGAUGCAACUCAAUGAGCUGAAACCCGGAUUGAAAUACACUUUUGAGUCACUAGAGGGAACCGGCCAUAACACUUGCUUCCAGGUAUCCGUGGAAGUAAAUGGACAAAAGUUUUAUGGUAAAGGAAAGUCCAAACAAUUAGCAAAACAUGCAGCUGCACAGGCUGCCCUUGCUUCGUUUGUUCAGUUCAAAGAUACUGCUAGAGCAGUGCAAGCAAUGAACCGAACUCUGACCUAUGCAGAUUUUACAGAUGAUGCUUUAGAAGAUGGAACCAUUUUCAAUAAAUUUGAAAAGCAAGAUGAUACUGCACAUGAUCAAUUAGUGGUUCAUGACUCAUCUGGACAAACAAGUCCAUUAGAGUAUGUGAAGAAAGCAUCCAAAGCUGUCUCUGAAGCUGACAAAAAGAAUCCAGUCAUGCUUUUAAAUGAACUCCAUCCUGGGAUCCAAUUCACUUUAAUUAGAGAAAAUCCAAUGGUACCUAGUAUGAGAUUUACAAUGGGAGUCUCGGUCCAGGAAGAAAAAUUUGAAGGUUCAGGAUCAAGUAAAAAACAAGCCAAAGCAGCUGCAGCCAAAGCUGUUCUGAGUAGCAUGUAUGGAAUUAGUUAUGCUAUGUCUUAUCCCAUUUUAAGUCCUGAACAAGGAGGCACUUAUGAUUUUCAGUUUCUACCAGCAGCUAUAGCAGACAAAAUAGCUUCCCAAGUUCAUGCAAAAUUCAAUGAGAUUAUAUCAGAUAAAAAGGAUUAUGUUAAGUGGAAAGUGUUGGCAGGUAUAGCAAUGACCACAGAUGAUGAGAUGAGUGAUGUUCAAGUGAUAACUGUAACUACUGGUACAAAAUGUAUAAAUGGUGAACAUAUCAGUAUGAAUGGUGUAACAUUAAAUGAUUGUCAUGCAGAAGUUAUCGCUCGAAGAUGCUUGAAAGAUUUCUUGUAUAGACAGCUUGAAUUAGUUGCUAGAGGGGAGAUAGAAAAAAGCGUUUUGGAAGCAAAACAAGGUGGGGGAUAUCGUGUAAAACCCAUUAUUAAGUUCCACUUAUUCAUUAGUACGUCACCCUGUGGUGAUGCCCGAAUCUUUUCACCCCACGAAAUUCUCGAUGAUAUAGUGGAAGACAAGCAUCCAAACAGGAAAGCAAGAGGGUUGCUACGUACUAAAAUAGAAGCAGGUGAGGGAACUAUUCCAGUGAAAAGUACUGAAACUGUGCAGACGUGGGAUGGGAUUAUCCAGGGGCAGCAGAGACUAUUAACCAUGUCUUGUUCUGACAAGGUUGCAUCUUGGGUAAUUCUCGGAAUGCAGGGUGCCCUCCUAAGGCACUUCCUAGAGCCUGUUUAUUUAGAAAGCAUCAUUCUUGGUAGUUUGUUUCAUCCAAGUCAUUUUUAUCGUGCUAUCUGUGGCCGUUUAGAAGGUUCCUUAGGACCUCUUUCAAGUCCUUAUUGUUUCUUUAAACCCAAACUGUCCUCCACCAGUAGCCAAGAAACUCGUCAGCCUUUCAAAUCUCCCAACCACAGUGUAAAUUGGACACUUGGGGAACUCCUUCCUGAAGUAGUUAAGUCUGAGACCGGAAAAACUGAACUAGGACAAGUGUCACGUCUGUCCAAACGUUCCUUCUUUACAAGAUUUCUUUCUCUCUAUGGGAAGUUGUCAUUGGAUAUUAAGCAGAAUGAUGGUUUUAAACCACAUCUGUAUUCAGACACUAAAGCUAUUGUUAAGGAUUACCAGACAGUGAAAAACCAAAUGUGUAAGGCUUUUCAGGAUGCUGGACUUGGAACUUGGAUAAAAAAGCCAGUUGAACAGGAUCAGUUUGAAGUGGUAUUUUGAGUGCAGUUCUAUAAGUAUUUACAUGCUGAUGUUAGUAAGUCAUCAGGAUAUAAUUGUGUAUGUGAUUCUAUCUUUAAGACGUACAUGUUACAUUCAACAUUGUUAGAGGAAGUUUAUCAUUUUUAAAAGUCAUUUCAUCAUAUGCCGUAGCUUCUUUUUUUUUUUAGAAAUUUUAUGCACUGAAAAUUGACGAGAAUAUUGUACAUUUCGGCACGUAAAAUGUCUACAUGUUCAUGUAUAUAAAUCACCAGAUGACAUUUUAAAUUUCAUAAUGAAACCGUAAGGUCGUCAUGGAAAUGAGUGUUAUAAUACUUUCCGUAAAAAAAUAGAUGUAUUCACAGUCUUGGUCAUUUUAACCAAUCUUGUAACCACCAGAUAGCCAUGAACGUACACAUAACUUUUAAUAUAUUAAGUGUAUCUUCAUGAAAUUUGGCGAGUUCUUAGUAUACAUUACAAGUGUUUUGUACACAAACAAUCAGAUUUUUAAUUAUGUACUGUUA